CUCGAAGCCUACCAGGCCACGCAACGUUGCCCUUGCGGCCGGUUGGCCUGGGGUCGCGGUGAACCGUGCAAUCACUACAUAUGCGGUACCUGCGUGCGGGACGAGUGUCCGACCUGCACUCGGUCUCCCAGGGAGCCGAACGCGGACUGCGAGAAGCACGUCUUUCCUGCAUGCCCUCAU